CAACUCCAUUAUGUUGUAAACAAAUCAAGGUUCAACCAAGCACCUGAGAAAAAAAUUCAUAUUCAAAGAUGGAUCCAGUGGCGUUAUGUAUUAUAUUUACCACUUCAUUGGUACUUUUUAUUGCUAGUAUUGUUUAUGUAAGGUUGAAUUUUGGAAGAUGUUUUAGUAAGGCUGAUUUGUCAGACAAAACAGUCAUUAUUACUGGGGCCAAUACAGGAAUUGGAUACUAUACAGCAUUAGAUAUGGCCAAUAGAAAUGCUAGAGUAAUAUUGGCAUGUAGAAAUUUAGAAAAAGCUGAACAUGCUAAGAAGAAUAUAAUUGAAGAAACAGAUAAUGAUAAUGUUAUUGUUAAAGAACUUGACCUUAGUUCUAUGAAAUCAGUAAGAAAGUUUGCUAAUGAAAUAAUUAAAGAAGAAAAAAGAUUGGAUAUAUUGAUUAAUAAUGCUGGAGUAGUAGGACUGCCAAAAAUAAUAACAGAAGAUGGAUUAGAAAGUAUGUUUGCUACCAACCACUUUGGACCAUUUCUCUUGACAAAUUUAUUGUUGGAUUUAAUCAAGAAAUCCUGUCCCAGUAGAAUAGUCAAUGUAUCAUCUAUAGCUAGUAAAAUGGGAAGAAUUGAAUUAGAUAAUUUGAGAAGUGAAAAAUACUUUAAUCAACGUAGAAUAUAUUUUGAUAGUAAAUUAGCAAAUAUUUUAUUUACUAAAGAAUUGGCAAGAAGAUUAAAAGGCCAUGAUGUACUAGUGAAUUGUUUACAUCCUGGCACAAUACAAACGGAAUUAUUACGUAAUCUUUCUCCAUUCAUUACAUAUCCUCUCAUGUUUAUUGGUAAAUUCUUCUUCAAGAACUGUGAAGAAGGAGCCCAGACAACCAUUUACUGUGCAAUUAGUGAAGAGAUAGAAGAUGUUACAGGAAAAUAUUUUACAGAUUGCUAUGUUGAUGAACAGUCAUUGAAUAAGUUAGCACAUGAUGAAACUUUAACCACACAGUUAUGGGAUAUCAGUGAGAAAUACACUGGAUUAUCUCAGUGAAUGUAAGAAUGAUUUCAUUAUAAUUUGCAUCCUGAUUUUCAUUUAAUUUUAAACGGGUAGUUCUUGUUAUAUGACUUUUGAUCUGCCCUCUUUUAACCAUGUUUUGCAAUCCUUUUCUAUAUGAAUAAAAUAUUGUUUAC